CUGAUCGCGUCCGGCACUUGCUCCGAGUGCUACAGGGGUUACCCCGUUUCUUCCGCGUUGUGCGCUCUUCCGGUCAGGGAGUUUGGAGGACACACGCUGUUGACGGGUUGGUUCUGUGGUUCCCGCUUCCGGUUCGGUUACGGCAGACGUGCAACGCCGACGAGUUCUGGAGCCGCACAGAUAGCCAGCCAGCCAGCCAGUGCGGUGGUUAACGGUGGCGCGACGCCGUGAAUUUUCAUCGAUUGCCGUGAAUAAAACAUGAAUCUCGUCAGUGGGCACUGCGCCGUCGAUCGAACGGUUGGCAUCAACAACCAACGAUUCCCAGCCAACCAUCCUGCCUCCAUCGCUAGUUGAUUGAUGACCAUGAAACGCGGAGUGCAAGGACGAAGCGAGAAUACAAAGUGUCUAGAGGGGCCGACGGACCGCAGGAAGUAGGAUCGCGACCGCAUCUGCUUCACCGCAGCUACAGCAUAGCAUUUGUCUCGAGCGGUGCAUCAUGGGAAAGAUAAAUGCCAGCCACAGCAACUACUGCUGCGACAGCACAACGUUGCGGUGCAACAAUCACCAGCAAGCCAGAAACCAUUGGAAAAUAUUGUUUCCUCAUCGUUUGAACCCUGAGCUUCCGGGCUUGCGGCAGGAAAUGGUUCUCAACGCUCGAGAAUCCACCGUUUGUAACAGGGAGCCCCAGGAACCGAGUGACGUUCUGGCGCGCACUCUGCUGCAGAUCGACGAAGGCUGUCUGGUGUAUCGCGCCGAGGGCAACGCAAACAUUGUGCUAUCCCUAUCGGACAACAAACACGUCCUGCGAUUGCGCAAGUCGGCCAUCGCUACGCGGGAUGGCAAGGCCGUGAGUAAUGUUAAAUUGGAGCGCUUCGUCAAAUACUCUGAGGUGAUGUCCAACCUGUUCUCCAGCUGUUACGUGCCAACGCUCAAACUGGCCCAUCUCAACACACAGGACCUACAAGCUUUUAACGAGCGCUUGAAUAAAACACGACCCGUUGCUAGACGAGACAAGGAAAUCCGAGAACUGGAUGGCAUCAUCUACCCGGACGUGGCGUUCCUGCCGAACUGGCUCUAUCUAACUAGAUAUCAAGACAUGAAUCAGGACAAGAACGCGUCCACUCUGCUGUCUCCCUAUCAAACAUACUGCGUCGAAAUCAAGCCGAAGCAAGGUUGGUUUUCGUACGAACUCUGUGAUAACAUUCCCGUCCCAGGCCUGGCGACCGGGGACCUUCGGAAGUGCCGUUACUGUUUUCUUCAAUAUUUAAAGCUCCAACAGAAAUCGAUAGCCAAAAUUAGUAAAUACUGCCCAUUGGAUCUCUUUUCUGGAAAACCAAUCCGUGUUCUUCACGCCGUUAAGGGCCUUAUCGGUGCGCCGCAGAACAAUUUCAAACUUCUCAAAAACGGCAAGAUCGUGUACGACGAGACACGCGAAAAGUCCGUGUUUAAUCGAAUUCUGAAGGAAAUGUUUCCCCGCGACGGACGCACGAAGGAAGAGCGAAAAACAUUCUUCCUCAAUCUGAUCAAAGAAGUAUUGCUGACGGACUUUUCCAGCAAUGACGAAACCUGUGACCAAAAACUAUUGACCAUAAGAAAAGAUCGCAAGAAGAAGGAUAAGAAUCAACUCCACGAACGUAGCUGCAAUGCUUUCAUUUUCAACGAGCAACAUUUUCUUCCAAACAGAUGUGUACUGCGUGAGAUCCUCGAUGUGCAGUUGCUGGUAAAGUCAAAUUUUAUGUCGUUCGACCCAUCCAAAUUGGCCUCAUCCAGUGUUAGCCCAUGCAGAUACGUGGACGAUAUGUACGAGAAGUAUCUCGAUUACAGAGACGAUGUCGGCUACAGCGACGCCUCAAUGAUGUCCGGGUCGUUCUGCAGCGAAUACCUGUCCACCGAAGAAAAGUAUCAGUUCGGGGCGACGGCGUUAGAUUGCUCGGUCAUGAUCACUUUUCGGCGACUGAUGGGAGAUCGGACAGAAGAAGACAGAUUGAGUCCUGAAGCUCGCAAGCACAUAGUCGUUAUCGAAGGAAUGAAGUUUUUAGUUAAAGUUACGAUCACCGAUUUGGAUCCGAAAUCGCACAAACAUCGUGAAAAGUAUUUGGUUCAAUUGGCGGAAUCGGUUUCGGCCUAUCGUGACUAUAUGAGCAAGCUAGCAAAGCGCUAAGCGAGACGAAUUACCGUGUUUGACGUCCAUCCGUAUCUUUGUAACUUAUAAAACAGGAAACAGAUCGAACCUCGUCACAAAGCAAUAAUGGAUUCCUAAUGCAGCCAAGAAGAAAACUCUUCUGAAAACUCUCUACUAGCGAUAAGGAAGAAGACGUGAAACUCUGUGUAUUAUCAGUGUUCUUUGUAAAACAACUUCAACCCAUAAAAUUACCGGUAUCUUCGGAAUGUAUUGUAGGAAAGAUGGUUUAGCUGAAAGCAGACACCACACAUAGGAAGGGUUGAAAAUGGAAGCGAGCUCGAUGUUCCUUAUUCUCGGAUACUCCUGGAAAGACUCGGUGUAUUUUAUGUAAGAAAAUAGACAUUUGCAGUGGCGUGAUAGAUCGAAGAAGGAUAAGAUUACAGAGCAAAUCAUAAUAUUCAGCAACGGGCACCAUUGUUUUAACCAACGUUUAUACUUUGUUUGAAAGCAUUUGUAGUUCAUCUGAGUAUUAGAUAGACACGGUAUACAUGUGAGUGUAAGCAUUUGUGCAUUUCUACGACUGAUUAAUCAGUUAAGCCAAAAAGUCUGUAUCAGUGUCAACACCAACAACACAACAAAUUUCAUACAAAACAAUUUUCUGAGCAGACGGUACGGUGGUUUUCAAGUUUCCACUGAUGAGUAUGAUUCGUUUCUAGCAGUUAUUUUUUCCAGUUCGAAUUU